AUGGCGAACUGUUCCCAUGACAAGGCGGACAUCGUGUUUCUGUUGGAUUCCUCAUACAGCGAGGGCGAGCCAAACUUCCGGAAACAACUCGCCUUCGUCAGCAACUUCACCAAACCCUACGACAUAGGCCCUGACAAGGUACAGGUGAGUGUGGUGACGUUCUCUACCGCGCCUCAUAACGCCUUCUACCUGAACACGUACCGAGACCGGGCCUCACUCCUCAACGGCAUCAACAACGUCAAGUAUACACCAGGUGCAACUUCCACGGACAAGGCGCUUCUGUUCGUGCAGACCACGAGCUUCUCAUCGCUGCAUGGCGCGCGCCUUGGUGUCCCUAAGAUCCUGGUGGUGAUGACGGACGGACAGUCCACUAGUCCCACCCUAACAGCACAGCAGGCCCGCGUGCUACACUUCUCAAACAUCAAGGUGAUAUCUAUUGGUAUCGGGUCUGGCGUUGUGAAGACGGAAUUGGGGUCUAUCGCGUCCGACGCCCAGCACGUGUUUACCGUGCCGUCCUUCGACUCGCUACAGACCAUAGAGACAGAGAUACGAUCAGCCGCAUGCACAACUCCGUCGCCGUGUGGCGACCAUCCCGCGGACAUUGUGUUCCUGUUGGACUCAUCCUCCAGCGAGGGGGCCGCCAACUUCCAGAUGCAGCUAGACUUCAUGACGGACUUUGUACGCCAGUUCGACAUCGGGCCCAGCGACGUCCAGGUGAGCGUGGUGACCUUUAGCAGCAGCGUGCACGAGCAGUUCCCGUUGAACCGGUACACGAACCAGAAGGACCUGCUGGCCGGCAUCGCCCGCAUCACAUACAACAGUGGCGUCACGUACACGGACAAGGCGCUACAGUACGUCCGUCUACACAGCUUCCUUGCAUCUAAAGGUGCUCGAGCUAACGCCACGGACCUGGUUAUCCUGCUGACGGACGGACAGUCCACCCACCCGACCGACACAGCGCGCGAGGCAGAUCUGCUUAAGAACCGAACAAACGUCAAGGUCGUCGCCAUAGGUAUCGGAAGCGGUGUGCAUACUACAGAACUACAGAGGAUCGCGUCUGACGACUCGCAUGCCCUGGCCGUCGUCAACUUCGACUCCCUGAACACCAUCAAAUCAGAGCUCACAUACGUCACCUGUCAGACUUGUGGUUUCGUGUCGAAGGCAGACAUCGUAUUUAUUCUCGACGCCUCCUCCAGUGAGGGCUCCCUCAACUUCCACUCUCAGCUGGACUUUGUCUCGAGGGUCGUUAACGACUUUCAGGUCGGGCCUCACAACGUGCAGAUAGGUGUUCUUACGUUCUCCGACCAACCGCACAUCGCCUUCAAGUUGAACCAGCACACUUCCAAGAACACGGUGCUUGACGCCAUCCAGAGGGUGCCGUACAUUCAGGGGCUCACCAACACACAUCAAGCGCUACAGUACGCUAGAACCACCAUGUUCACGAGCGCUGGUGGCGCCCGCAGUGACGCGCAACACUAUGCCGUCGUGUUGACGGACGGCGCGUCUUCCAACUCGGCACAGACACUGCAGCAGGCGACCUUACUAAAGCAGCAGCACGUGACAGUGAUCGCCAUCGGUAUCGGGGGCAAUAUCAACAAGAACGAGUUGAGCAAUAUUGCCUCCGACUCCAACCACGUGUUCACCGUCUCCGACUUUAACGCUCUCCGGACGCUUCAGUCUGAUAUCAAGGCGGCGGCUUGUGAAGAGGUAAAAACAACGACAGCUCAAACGCAGCUGUUUGUUGUGACUUUGGUCCUGACCGGAGCUCUGGCAGACUAUGAGUGUGUGUGCAACUAUAACGCGACGACGGCUGUCUUCCUACAACCGAGUACAAGCGGACAGGCCAUCGGCUUCCUGUACGCGUCCGACUGCAAGGCGGUCUAUGAGAGCGGCGCCAUACAAACGGGAUUUGCAGGGAUCGCGUUCGAUCACCAAAUUGGUUAUGUAAAAAUGGACGCUCACAUGGAGAACGAAAUAUGUCCUGGCGAGCCGCCGGAUUCCGACAAACCAACCACUACGACACCAGCAUCAACGGCAACAACAACAACGCCUACCUCGUCAAAUACCACACUGCAGCUGAAAACGACAACAACAACGCCUACCUCGACAAAUACCACGCCACACCCAACAACGACAACACCAACACCGACGACUAACACUACUGCAACAACACCAAAGCCCACGACUUCUACAACAUUAACGACUUCAACUACAACCACACCUACCACCCCUACGUCGGCAACAUCUUCCACAAUUGCGACACCAGCACCAACUACAAAGAAGCCUGACUGUUUCCACGACAAGGCGGACAUCGUGUUUCUAUUGGACUCCUCGUACAGAGAGGGCGAGCCGAACUUCCGGAAACAACUUGCCUUUGUCAGCAACUUCACUACUCCCUACGACAUAGGCCCUGACAAGGUACAGGUGAGUGUGGUGACGUUCUCUACCUCGCCUCAUAACGCCUUCUACCUGAACACGUACCGUGACCGGGCCUCACUCCUCAACGGCAUCAACAACGUCAGGUAUACAUCAGGUAAUACCAAAACCUUCUCGACAAAACUGACUUUCUUUAUUAAGAAACCACGAGUUAAUGUACCAAAAAGAAGUGUCACCUUGAAUCAAUAUCUAUGUCUCUGUUCACAAUAUCUAAGAACCCUGCCCUUUCCUCAUUCAGGGUCCACGUCAACAGACAAGGCAUUGGAGUUCGUACGGAGCACGAGUUUCUCACCGCUGCACGGGGCGCGCCUGGGUGUCCCCAAGAUCCUGGUAGUGAUGACGGACGGCCAGUCAACUAGCCCUACUCUCACGGCACAGCAGGCCCACAUACUACACUUCUCAGACAUCAAGGUGAUAUCUAUCGGUAUCGGGUCUGGCGUUGUAAAGACGGAACUGGCGUCUAUCGCGACUAACGCCCAGCACGUGUUUACCGUGCCGUCCUUCGACUCGCUACAAACCAUACAGACAGAGAUACGAUCAGCCGCAUGUACCACAGAAAAAAUAGGCACGAGCUGCACUCAGAAGACGGCGGACGUGGUGUUUGUGCUCGACACUUCCGGAAGGGAGGGCGGCGUCAACUUCGAUAAACAGCUACAGUUUGUCGCCAACGUCACCAACUCAUUUGACAUCGGCCCUAGCAACAUCCAAGUGAGCGUGGUAACAUUCGGUACGCAUGCGUACAACGAGUUUUUCCUAAACGACUACGGAGACCGCCCCUCGCUGCAGACGGCCAUCAACAACAUUACAUACCGGGGCGGAACCACGAACACAGCCGAGGCGCUCAACUUUGUCAGUACGAACAGUUUUAAGGCGGAAAACGGAGGCCGUUGCGGCGCUGUGGUGCGGCUUGUUGUUGUGCUUACGGACGGCAACUCGAACAGCGCCUAUAGCACACAGACUGCGGCCAACCAUCUACACGCUCUCGGCGUCCGAGUGAUCUCUGUGGGUAUCGGCGCGCAUGUGUCCCAGACGGAGCUUAUACACAUCGCCAACGACCCGCAGCACGUGCUCAACGUCGCCGACUUCAACUCUCUCAACUCCAUUACCACCGAAAUGAAACUGUCGCAUCUGUUGUCAACAACUUCAAAGCGAAUAAAUGUAAUGAAUUCCCAUAUCUUGACAACACAUAAACACAAAACAAACUCGCUGACGACAGGCACAACUCCGUCGCCGUGUGGCGACCAUCCCGCGGACAUCGUGUUCCUGUUGGACUCAUCCUCCAGCGAGGGGGCCGACAACUUCCAGAAGCAGCUAGACUUCAUGACAAACUUUGUACGCCAGUUCGACAUCGGGCCCAGCGACGUCCAAGUCGGCCUCGUAACCUUCAGCUCCUCCGCACACAGCGAGUUCUACCUCAACUCCAUUCUUUCCUCACACAGUUACCGGGACAAAGCAUCUCUGGUCGCGGCGAUUCAGUCCGUCCGGUACCGCGGCGGCUCGACGGCCACAGACCAAUCGCUCCGGUACGCUCGUUACUACCACUUCGCCUCUUACCACGGCGCGCGGCCUAACGCCACCAGGAUAGUCAUUGUGCUGACCGACGGACAAUCGACCGAGAUCAGCGCCACCAUUACAGAAGCUUCGUCUCUAAAGACCCAAGCGCAUGCCACGGUGAUCGCGAUUGGUAUCGGCUCCAACGUGAACCAGUUUGAGCUGAACAACGUGGCCACUGACCGGAACCACGUGUUUUCCGUGGGCAGUUUCUCCAUCCUCCACACUCUCCAAGUGGAACUCAAGGACCAGUCCUGUGGAAACCCUAAACCUAAGCCAGCAGUCAGCACGGACUGCGGAAAGCAGCCCACGGACAUCGUGUUUGUGUUGGACUCGUCCGCCAGCGAGGGUAGCAUCAACUUUCAGAAACAACUAGACUUUGUCCGCGACUUCGUCUACCAGUUCAACAUUGGGCCCAGCCAAGUCAUGGUGAGCGUGGUGAGAUUUAGCAGCGGCGUGCACGAGCAGUUCCCUCUGAACCGGUACACAAACCAGACGGACCUGCUGGCCGCCAUCGCCCGUAUCACAUACAACAGUGGCGUCACGUACACGGACAAGGCGCUACAGUACGUCCGCCUACACAGCUUCCUCGCAUCUAAAGGUGCUCGAGCUAACGUCACGGACCUGGUUAUUCUGCUGACGGACGGACAGUCUACCCACCCGAACGACACAGCGCGUGAGGCAGAUCUGCUUAAGAACCGAACAAACGUCAAGGUUGUCGCCAUAGGUAUCGGAAGCGGAGUACAUACGACAGAACUACGGCGGAUCGCGUCUGACGACUCACAUGCCCUGGCCGUCGCCAACUUCGACUCCCUGAACACCAUCAAAUCCGAGCUUACAUACGUCACCUGUCAGACUUGUGGUUUCGUAUCGAAGGCAGACAUCGUGUUUAUUCUCGACGCCUCCUCCAGUGAGGGCUCCCUUAACUUCCACUCUCAGCUGGACUUCGUCUCCAGGGUCGUUAACGACUUCCAGGUCGGGCCUCACAACGUGCAGAUAGGUGUUCUUACGUUCUCCGACCAACCGCACCUCGCCUUCAAGUUGAACCAGCACACUUCCAAGAACACGGUGCUUGACGCCAUCCAGAGGGUGCCGUACAUCCAGGGGCUCACUAACACCGACCAAGCGCUGCAAUACGCCAGAACCACCAUGUUCACGAACGCUGGCGGCGCCCGCAGUGACGCGCAACACUAUGGCGUCGUGUUGACGGACGGCGCGUCUUCCAACUCGGCACAGACACUGCAGCAGGCGACCUUACUAAAGCAGCAGCAUGUGACUGUGAUUGCCAUCGGUAUCGGGGAUAAUCUCAACAAGAACGAGUUGAGCAGUAUCGCCUCCGACUCCAACCAUGUGUUCACCGUCUCCAACUUUAACGCUCUCCGGACGCUUCAGUCUGAAAUCAAGGCGGCGGCUUGUGAAGCUGUUAAGAGUCUCUAUACAGAAACUUUUUUUCAGCGACCAUUGAUUGAAGCGUCCUACUCUGUACUGGUAAUGGUAAGUGUGGCAAAAAGGCAGCUGUUUUUUGUAACGUUGGUCCUGGCCGGAGCUCGAGCGGACUAUGAGUGUCUGUGCAACUAUAACGUGGAGGCGGCCGUCUACCUGCAACCGAGCACGAGCGGGCAGGCCGUUGGCUACUUGUACGAGUUCGAUUGUAAGGCGAUCUACGAGAGCGCCGCGGCAAAUGCGGAAUUCGCUAAGAUCGCAUUCGAACACCAGAUUGGUUAUGUGAAACUGGACGCUAACAUGGAGAGCCAGACAUGUCCUGGUGAGCCGCCGAGUUCCGACAGGGUUACAACCACGAUCGCCACAACGACAUUAGCUCCAACAACAACGCCAAAACCUACCACGACAACUACCACGCCUCGACCAACAACAACGACAACAACACCAAAACCUACCACGACAACUACCACGCCACGGCCAACAACAACAACGACAACACCGAAGCCAACAACAACCCCUACUACAACUACUACCACUACAACAACACCAAAGCCAACGACUACGUCAACAACAACAACAACAACAACGACCACUACCACCACUCCUAGACCGACAACAACUACGACACCCGUUCCAACUACAACGAAACCAGACUGUUCCCACGACAAGGCGGACAUCGUGUUUCUGUUGGACUCCUCGUACAGCGAGGGCGAGCCGAACUUCAGGAAACAACUUGCCUUCGUCAGCAACUUCACCACACCCUACGGCAUAGGCCCUGACAAGGUACAGGUGAGUGUGGUGACGUUCUCUACCUCGCCUCAUAACGCCUUCUACCUGAACACGUACCGUGACCGGGCCUCACUCCUCAACGGCAUCAACAACGUCAGGUAUACACCAGGGUCCACGUCAACAGACAAGGCAUUGGAGUUCGUACGGAGCACAAGUUUCUCACCGCUGCACGGGGCACGCCUGGGGGUCCCCAAGAUCCUGGUGGUGAUGACGGACGGCCAGUCAACUAGCCCUACCCUCACAGCACAGCAGGCCCACAUACUACACUUCUCAGACAUCAAGGUGAUAUCUAUUGGUAUCGGGUCUGGCGUUGUGAAGACGGAACUGGCAGCUAUCGCGUCCGACGCCCAGCACGUGUUUACCGUGCCGUCCUUCGACUCCCUACAAACCAUACAGACAGAGAUACAAUCAGCUGCAUGUACCUCGGAAAAAAUAGACGCGAGCUGCGCUCAAAAGCAGGCGGACGUGGUGUUCGUGCUCGACACUUCCGGAAGUGAGGGCGCCGUCAACUUUGCUAAACAGCUACAGUUUGUCGCCAACGUUACCAGCUCAUUUGACAUCGGCCCUAGCAACAUCCAAGUUAGCGUGGUAACAUUCGGUACGCAUGCGUACAACGAGUUUUUCCUGAACGAGUACGGAGACCGCCCCUCGCUGCAGACGGCCAUCAACAACAUAACCUACAGGGGCGGAACCACGAACACAGCCGAGGCGCUCAACUUUGUCAGUACGAACAGUUUUAAGGCGGAAAACGGCGGCCGUGGCAACGCAGUGGUGCGGCUUGUGGUUGUGCUUACGGACGGCAACUCGAACAGCGCCUUUACCACACAGACUGCUGCCACCCAUCUACACGCCCUCGGCGUCCGAGUAAUCUCAGUGGGUAUCGGCGCGCAUGUGUCCCAGACGGAGCUUACACACAUCGCCAACGACCCGCAGCACGUGCUCAACGUCGCAGACUUCAACUCUCUCAACUCCAUUACCACCGAAAUAGAAACUGUCGCAUGCACAACACCAUCACCGUGCGGUGACCAUCCCGCGGACAUCGUGUUCCUGUUGGACUCAUCCUCCAGCGAGGGGGCCGACAACUUCCAGAAGCAGCUAGACUUCAUGACAAACUUUGUACGCCAGUUCGACAUCGGGCCUAGCGACGUCCAGGUCGGCCUCGUAACCUUCAGCUCCUCCGCACACAGCGAGUUCUACCUCAACUCUUACCGGGACAAAGCGUCACUUAUCGCGGCGAUUCAGUCCGUCCGGUACCGCGGCGGCUCGACGGCCACAGACCAAGCGCUCCGGUACGCUCGUUACUAUCACUUCGCCUCUUACCACGGCGCGCGUCCGAACGCCACUAGGAUAGCCAUCGUACUGACGGACGGACAGUCAACCGACAUCAGCGCCACCAUUACAGAAGCUUCGUCUCUAAAGACCCAAGCGCACGCCACGGUGAUCGCGAUUGGUAUCGGCUCCAACGUGAACCAGUUUGAGCUGAACAGCGUGGCCACUGACCGGAACCACGUGUUCUCAGUGGGCAGUUUCUCCAUCCUCCAUACACUCCAGGUGGAACUCAAAGACCAGUCCUGCGGAAACCCAAAACCUAAGCCAGCAGUCGACACGGACUGCGGAAAGGAGCCCGCGGACAUUGUGUUUGUGUUGGACUCGUCCGCCAGCGAGGGUAGUAUCAACUUUCAGAAACAACUAGACUUUGUCCGCGACUUCGUCUACCAGUUCAACAUUGGGCCCAGCCAAGUUUUGGUGAGCGUGGUGACCUUUAGCAGCGGCGUGCACGAACAGUUCCCGCUGAACCGGUACACGAACCAGAAGGACCUGCUGGCCGCCAUCGCCCGCAUCACAUACAACAGUGGCGUCACGUACACGGAUAAGGCGCUACAAUACGUCCGUCUACACAGCUUCCUCGCAUCUAAAGGUGCUCGAGCCAACGCCACGGACCUGGUUAUCCUGCUAACGGACGGACAGUCUACCCACCCGACCGACACAGCGCGUGAGGCAGAUCUGCUUAAGAACCAAACAAACGUUAAGGUUGUCGCCAUAGGCAUCGGAAGCGGUGUACAUACGACAGAACUACGGCGGAUCGCGUCUGACGACUCACAUGCCCUGGCCGUCGCCAACUUCGAUUCCCUGAACACCAUCAAAUCAGAGCUUACAUACGUCACCUGUCAGACGUGCGGGUUUGUAUCGAAGGCAGACAUCGUGUUUAUUCUCGACGCCUCCUCUAGUGAGGGCUCCCUCAACUUCCACUCUCAGCUGGACUUUGUCUCGAGGGUCGUUAACGACUUCCAGGUCGGGCCUCACAACGUGCAGAUUGGUGUUCUUACGUUCUCCGACCAACCGCACCUCGCCUUCAAGUUGAACCAGCACACUUCCAAGAACACGGUGCUUGACGCUAUUCAGAGGGUACCGUACAUUCAGGGGCUAACUAACACCGACCAAGCGCUGCAGUACGCCCGAACCACCAUGUUCACGAGCGCUGGCGGCGCCCGAAAUGACGCGCAACACUAUGCCGUCGUGUUGACGGACGGCGCGUCUUCCAACUCGGCACAGACACUGCAGCAGGCGACCUUUCUAAAGCAGCAGCAUGUGACUGUGAUCGCUAUCGGUAUCGGGGAUAAUCUCAACAAGAACGAGUUGAGCAGUAUCGCCUCCGACUCCAACCACGUGUUCACCGUCUCCGACUUUAACGCUCUCCGGACGCUUCAGUCUGAUAUCAAGGCGGCGGCUUGUGAAGAGAUAAAAACAACGCCAGCUCCAACAGAAACGGUCAUAGGUUGAAACAUUGGAAACUCCCGUUACUGGUAAGUGUGGCAACAUCGGACCAGUUCAUUAUAAUCUAUUCUGUAUGCUAAACCAAUAAACCACUUCUUGUUUCUGCA